UGUGAGUCAAGUUGACGGACCUUUGAAGGCGAUUAUUCGCCUUUUGUAAGGAUUUGUCCCUCGAGGCUCUCCGUAGUGGCGGCAGCUGCUCGUUCUUCAAGCGUCUUCAUCAACUUUGUCCCAACAGACAAGAAAAAAGUGUUGUGGUGAAGGGUCAGAGGUGAAAGGUUGUGGUCGUCGCGUGCGCAGGCAGGCGGGAGCGGCGGCCAUGGACGACGCGCUCAGCAGGCUGGCGUCCACAGGGGACGUGGUGAAGAUCUGGGACGCGGAUUCCAUGACGCUGCUGGAGCAGUUCAACCCGCACGUUGGCCACCAGGUGGCGCGGGCCUGCUGGACCUCCAACAACCAGCACGUGGUGAGCGCCGGCAGCGGCGGGGACAAGCUCGCCGUCACCGGUCUCAAGUCUCCUCGCGCGGCUCUCCUGGAGCUGGCCCACGGGAAAAGACAAACGCGCGUCAGUCUCAGCUCGUCUUCGCAGCUGGUGGCCAGCGGAGGUCUGGACCGCUGCGUCCACAUCUGGGACCUGAAGACCGCCAGGCUGCUGCGCUCGCUGAAGGAUCACACGGACGAGGUGACGUGCGUGGCGUUCAACUCCAACGACAGCCUGGUGGCGUCGGGCUCGGCCAGCGGGCAUCUCGUCCUCUACAGCCUCACCACCAACACGGUCUGCAAACCCUUCGGACCCGGCGGCCAGCAGCCGGUGCGCGACCUGGCCGCGUCGCGGCUGAAGCGCUCGCUGCUGGCCAGCGUUUCGGACGACGGCUCGCUGUCCUUGUGGGACGCCAACGCGCAGAAGGAGCUGCACGCCUUCAGCGGCGCCCACAAAGCGCCCGGCUCGGGCGUGGCCUUCUCGCCCGCCAACGAGCUGCUGCUGGUCAGCGUCGGCUUGGACAAGAAGAUCGUCUGCUACGACGCCGCCAGCAAGAUCAUUCUGCUCACGAUCCGCACGGAGAGCCCGUUGACGUCGGUGGACUUCAUUCCGGACGGCUCGGGUCUGCUGGCGGGCUCCGCCCAGGGUCAGAUCUUCCGCUACGACUUGAGGAACAACAGCGCCCCCACCGGGGUGACGCCGGCGCACGACACGGCCGUCACCUGCCUGCGCUUCCACUGCGCCGCCCCGAGACACAAGUCGGGCAAAACGUCUUCGUCCAGGGUUUCCGGCCCCAAGAGCUCCGCCUGCAAGCCGUCCGGCGGGCAUCUUGGCCCCGCCCCCGCCCCCGCCCCCGCCUCUCGCUCCUCCCCUCACAUAAACGCAGGUGGCGCCGGAGCUCAGCUGGCCGACAGAGACGCGGCCGGUCAGAAAGGGGCGGAGCCUCUGCCCGCCACGGAGAAGUUCAGCAGCGUCGGACGAAAUAGCCUCGACAUGUUUUCGCCACUGCGACAAGAUGCAGCCAGUCCGCUGGCGAGCGCCGACGAGACGUUCGCCGCACCUCAAGCGACCCCGCCGAGCGAGGAGGCGGGGCUUCCUCAGCCGCCGGGCCGCGGUAGUCUGGACAUGUUCUCGCCCCUCAGGGAAGGUCGGGCGGCCGGCGGGGACGGCACCGCCCGCGGGACGGCGUCGGCGGGGCCGCCCUUCCGCCCGCGCUCGGCCUACCGGACGCCCUCCAUCAGGGAGGAGGAGCCGGACGAAGCGGGUGACCCCGCGGAGGCAUCGACGGGCGUCUCGCCCAGCCCGGAGGGGGAGGGUCCGACUCCGCCCACCUCAACUCAGCCGGCCGAUCGUCACCCGGCCUCGCCCUUCGCUCCCGAGCCGAGCGCGAGGAGAGCCGACGGCGUUCGAGCUCAGCUCGACUACGACUCGCCCGCCGCCGCCGCCGCCGCGGCGGGCCCGACGCCCCGUGGGGCAGACGGGCGCGGGCGGGACUCUUCUCCGGUGGCGGCCGCGGGCGGCGCGAGCGCUCCGUUCAGCGGCGUCCAGUUGGACGUCAUCACCGACAUCAUCCGCCGACAGCUGGACGAGCUCAGAGACGCGUGCCACAAGGACACCAUCAACCUGCAGGUGGAGAUGGUUCGGCAGUUCUGCAUCCAGCUGGUGAGGAUUGACGAUGAUGACGAUGACGAUGAUGACGAUGACGAUGAAGUCACACGUGUGCGUCUCGCAGAACGAGUUCCACGCGCUGAUGUCGGCGCAGUUCUCGGCCCACGAGGCCCUGCUGCGGGAGAACGAGCGGCUCAAGGAGGAAAACCUUCGCCUCAAGACCAACUACUGAAAACGCUCCUUUCCCUGUAUUCCAAUAAAAUGUGUCAUGUGAUCAGCACGUCAAAUUGGAACUUUACUGAAAAGACCACGGUUGAUGCGGGACGCCAGAAGUUUGCGCUUGACGGACCAUCCGAGAUGAAUUAAAGGGAGGAAAAAACUCAAAAUGUGAAAUGAGACCAAUCAGAAUCUGAAUCAUGUUUACUCGCCAAGUAAGUCCAAGGAAUUUGUCUGCGGUCGUUGGAGCCGCUCGAGUGCGACCACAGACGGUCCAUUGACAGAUGACAGAGAACGCUUUGGAGACACAAAGACAUUGACAACCAAAAAAAAAAAACAUGGUAUGAAUUUCGAGUUCAUUUAAAGAAUGGAAAAAAAAAAAGGAUCAUUUGAGGUCAAAGAUGUGUAUACAGUCAACCCCCGCUAUUUUGCAGUUUUUCAUUGUUCCGCAAUACUUUGAUUUCUUUUAUUUUUUGAAACCAGUGAAGGCAUUUGACCGUACGGGUCGUCUCUCCGGGAAGCAAACACUAUAUUUUGGACCGCAUGUGUUAUUUUUAGAUUAUUUGUUUGUUUUUUAGCCAUUGCUCUUGCACUCACUCUCUCAAUAUUUUCUGUUUAAAUGUGUGGGUAUUGUUUUUAGUGUGUUUGAAGAACUUAACC